AUGUGUUCUUUAACACCGUCUGCAUAUUUCGCAUGUUAUACUGUCGACAAAACUGUUCAAGAAUUAGAUAGUGACUUAGAAAAUGGUCUUAAUCCAAGUCAGGCGGUUGAGAAGAGGAAAACAAGUGGUUAUAAUGAAUUCGAAGUUGAGGAAGGCGACCAUCCAGAAUAUCGAUCAGAAAAAUCUCUCGAGGCACUAAAUAAAUUAGUACCUCAUCACUGUCAUUUAACCCGAGUUAAUGUUAAUACUAUUUCUUUUUUUAAUAGAGAUGGUCAUUUAGCAACAAUUUCAGCUGCUGAAUUGGUGCCAGGAGACUUGGUCCGUUUUGGUGUUGGUGACAGAGUUCCUGCUGAUGUUAGAUUAAUAACGGCGGUAAACCUAGAAAUUGAUGAAUCUAAUUUGACUGGUGAAACUAAACCUAGAAAGAAGACAAUUGAUGUAAUGAUUUCAGAAAGUAAUUAUGUAGAAUCAAUUCAAGAAAGAAAAAAUAUUGCAUUUAUGGGAACUCUUGUUAGGAAUGGUCAUGGAUCUGGUAUUGUUGUUGGAACUGGAAAUAACACUGAGUAUGGUGUUGUAUUUUCUCUAGUAAAAGAGGCGGAAACACCAAAAACUCCAUUUCAAAUUAGCAUGAAUGAUCUUGGAAAAAAAUUAUCCUACUUGUCUGUCAGUUUGGCCGUUGCAGCUAUUCCUGAAGGACUUCCAAUUGUUGUAGCUGUAACCUUAGGUUUGGGUGUUUUACGAAUGGCUAGAAAAAAUGCAAUUAUAAAAAAGUUACCUUCUGUCGAAACUUUGGGUUCUGUAAAUGUUAUUUGCGUAGAUAAAACCGGUACAUUGACUGAAAAUGUUAUGACUGUCACAAAGAUUUUUACAUUAGAUGAAGAAACAAUUUUCGAUUUGGAACAUGGUUUGCCUUCUAAAACAACUGUUGCAAUGCGAGAAGUUCUCAAAAUUGGAGGACUUUGUAACAAUGCAAAGAUUGAUGAUGAAGGAAAAAAAUUUGGGCAGGCUACUGAUGUUGCAUUACUUGAUUGUCUUAUAAAAAUGAAUCUGGAAGAUGAAAUCAUGGGAUACGAUCGAGUUUCAGAAAUUCCAUUUAAUUCUGAACAAAAAUGGAUGUCUGUAACUUGUCGAAGAAAAAAUGAUAAUUCAUCGUCAGAGAUUAUAUAUUUCAAAGGUUCAAUAGAAGUUGUAUUAGGAAAAUGUACUUCAUAUUAUGUUUCAGAAACACAUAAACCACCAUUGGACGUUCCAGCGAAAGAGUCGGUGAUGCGACAUGUUACUGCAAUGUCUUCUCUUGGUCUUCGAGUCCUUGCUAUGGCAUCUGGGUCUGAUCACAACAAACUUACUUUUGUAGGAUGUGUUGCAAUGUAUGAUCCUCCAAGAAAAGGAGUUGAGAAGGCUAUAAAGCAGUUAAUUGGUGGUGGUGUCAAACAACAUUAUUUUAUAUUAGAUCAAACGGCCCUUUCAAUUGCACGAAAGUUAGGCAUACCAGUAAAUCCAGCAAAUCAUUCUAAUUGUCUAACUGGUGCAGAUAUUGAAGCUAUGUCAAGUGAUGAUUUAAAGGCGGUUAUUGGCUCAAUAACU